AUGACACCCAUCAAAGUUGCGAUCGCUAGUAACUCGCUCGGCAAGUCAGCUGCAGGGCAUACACUUUUCCAUAAACUGGAGGCUGCCAAAUUGCACGGGUUUGAUGGAGUGGAAGUUGCAAUCGAGUGUCUUGAAGCGCAUGCUUCCUCCUUCUCCCAAUCAUCUCGGGCUUCCCGCCUGCGCGCAGCCGCCGCUGAUGUUAAACGAAAGGCGCAAGAGCUAUCUUUAUCUCUGAUUGCGCUCAACCCCUUUGGCGCAUAUGAUGGGCUUGUGGACCCAUCCGAGGUCAAUUCCCGUCUAGAGGAGGCAGAGCUUUGGUGUGAUCUCUGUCGCUUGAUGCGAAUUCCAAUCUUUCAAAUCACAUCGUGUCUGUACCCUAUUGAUCCUGCUAGAAUCACGCCAGAUGUAACAACAAUCGCCGCGAACAUGAAGCGAUUGGGACUCCUUGCCCAAAAAUACAAUUUGCAAGUUGCAUACGAAGCGCCCGCUUGGGGAAUUCACCUAAACACUUGGCAGCAAAUCCACGAGAUUAUCGAGCUUGUUGAUCUUCCGAAUGUUCGUCAUUGUCUUGAUACCUUCCACAUUUCUGCCAAAGAGGCAGGCGAUCCAUUCAAUGCUGCUGCUCCAAUUCGACCAGGCGGCCUGACAAAUCUACGUCGAUCCUUGGAUGAAAUGAAACAAACUGUUACGCCAAAUCAAGUUGCUUAUUUCCAGUUGAGUGAUGCGAUGGUUGCGGAUCAAAGCCAGGUGGGUUACCCAAAGCGCGACCUUAACCAGCCGCCUUACAUGACUCAAUCGCGAAACUGCCGGAUCUUCCCUUGUGAAGCAAAUCGUGGAGGCGUGCUUCCUGCGCUUGAGGUUGCAAAAGCUGUGUUUGACCUUGGAUAUACUGGGUGGGUGUCGAUGGAAGUAUUUCAUACCGAUAUGUGGAAUCCACGCUCUUUAGUGCCGGACGACUGGGCUAAAAGAGGGAUGGCUUCAUGGCGAGAAAUAUCCUUCCACUGUGGACUUGGCCGGCAUACCAAUGGGAAGUUGUGA